AUGGGUCAAGAAGUGAAUCGUGCGAUUGGGCUAGCAGAGGCUCUCUUCGGCUUUCGUAUGAGCUGCGGUCACCUCCCGGGUUCAAUCAACAUUAUGGCGGAUGCUGGGUCACGUGCUUGGUCCCCACCUCAUGAUAAAAUCUGGUCUAACCUUUCCUUUGAAUGGCGGCCGAUCCCCGUUCCGCCCAGUCUCCGCAAAAUCUACAAGACCUUCUCAAACAACUUCAAUCGCAAGCAUUGGCCCCGGGAUCAAGACCGAAGUACGCAUCCACGUGGAAACGAUGGUCAGAGUGGUCCUCCCCCCACGGUUUCGACAAGUGGCUACCCUCAGAUGCGCAACAACAUUCGCUACAGCUUGCCCUAUUUGUUAUCCACUACUGGUACUCAACCACGACAACGAAAGGAAAACCACUAUCCACGAACACCGUGCUGUCCGCCAUUAGCCAUAUCUCGUGGUAUCAUAUGCGAGAACGAGGUUACUCGGUUGGCCUCCACGCAGGAAACAAGUUGGCUGUGCGCGGGAUGCAAAGAAUGUCUCCACCGUCAAGACAAAAACAACCAGUCACGCGCAAAAUCCUCCAAGAACUUCGCUCACGCUGCAACUUCAAAACAACCCACGAUUGCGUGCUCUGGGGGGGGGGCUGCGGUCAUGGGCCUUUUCUUCUUGCUCAGGCAAUCCGAAUAUCUCGCCGACGGCAGACGAAUCAAACCAUACAUCAUUCGCACGAGCGACGUCAAGUUCUUAAACAAGGAAGGCCUUAUUAAGGAGUCACUUAAGUGUGCUGUGACAGUGUCCAUACACUUUCGGGGUAGUAAAACCGACCAAGCCGGCUCCGGAACGUCACGAACACUGCACAGGUCUGGAUCAACGUGACUGUGUCCGGUUUUG